AUGGCACAAGGCUCAGGCAUCAGGGAUAUCACCUCCGAAGCCGGAUUAAACGAAUCGGUCUCAGGUGAUGAAGUGGUUUUGGUCUACUUUGGCUUCGGGGCCAAGUCAGCUGAGAAUCCCCAUUCACUGGGUGAUGAAUUCGAUCCACAGUUUGAGGAGUUUGCCGAGUCUGGGGAAGUGGUCCCAAAGCUCUUCCGAGCUGUGUUCAGCGACGUCACAGCCCAGUUUUUUGCAGACGUCGGCAUUGACCCUAUGUGUGGGGGAAGCUUGGUCUUGUGGAAACAGGGAGCUGUACUUGCCAAGGCAUCUGUCAAGGAGCUGAAUGAAAGCUCCGACGUUGAAACCGAAGUGGUGAGAUGGCUUGCGGGAAAAUACCCUUCAAAGGCUGAGAGUGCAAAGGCUCGGCCUGCAAGACCUUCCUCUGCAGUACCCGCAAGAGCGCAAGUUGCUGGCCCAACUCCAGGGUCCACCUGUGGUGCUCCACCACCAGGACCACCACCCCCACCAAGUGGCAACCCGAGCAUGGCAACCAAUACAGUUUUCGGUGCUGCACUGUCAGGCCCACCACCUGGCCCAAAGUCGGCAGUGCCAGGGCAAACUCCUGGCGCCAUGUGUGGUGCGGAUGGGCCUCCACCUGCAGGACCUAGAACACCAGGCCAACCAACAACCAUGACGGUUGGAGCUGCGUUGUCAGGCCCACCACCUGGCCCCAAAGCAACAGUGCCAGGGCAAACUCCUGGUGCGAUGUGUGGUGCUCCACCUGCCGGCCCUCCACCUAUAGGACCAAGAACACCAGGUCAACCAACAACCAUGACAGUUGGAGCUGCCCUGUCAGGCCCACCUCCUGGCCCAAAGGCAACAGUGCCAGGGCAAACUCCUGGUGCCAUGUGUGGUGCUCCGCCUGUUGGGCCUCCACCUGCAGGACCUAGAACACCAGGCCAACCAACAACCAUGACGGUUGGAGCUGCGUUGUCAGGCCCACCACCUGGCCCCAAAGCGACAGUGCCAGGGCAAACUCCUGGUGCCAUGUGUGGUGCUCCGCCUGUUGGGCCUCCACCUGCAGGACUUAGAACACCAGGCCAACCAACAACCAUGACGGUUGGAGCUGCGUUGUCAGGCCCACCACCUGGCCCCAAAGCGACAGUGCCAAGCCAAACUCCUGGUGUGAUGUGUGGUGCUCCGCCUGUUGGGCCUCCACCUGUAGGACCUAGAACACCGGGUCAACCAACAACCAUGACGGUUGGCGCUGCACUGUCAGGUGCACCUCCUGGCCCAAAGGCGCCACUCCCUCCAAGUGAACCGCCGGAGACAGCCUCGCCACCUCCACCACCUCCCCCUGCCCCUCCGCAAGAGGAUUCUCCACCACCACCUCCAACUCCUCAACUUGCAGCCAAUGAACCAGUCCCAAUCAAGCACCCAGAAACACCCUGCCCUGUGCCACCGCCAGUGCCGAAAACUGAUUCGGGUGACCGAACGCCAAGCCAACCAGCUCCAACCCCGCCCUCUGAGCUCAAAGCAUCAACUUCACCUACACCAGUGGCCAAGCAAGCUCCAGUGACACCCGGUGUUCAAUCACCAGUUGUGUGUGAAGACAAGGAUGCAGAUAUAGCAAAGGGCAAGCCUGUACAAAAACAAGUUGAGAAAGCGCCCUUGCCACCAGUGGAUCUUGGCAGCGGGCCGCAGGCAUGUGAAGCAGCGCCAGAACCCCCCAGCGGGCUGGAUAUGGCUGUAGCGGAUUCGCCUCCAACCGAUGAUGUCGGUGAAAGGAUUGCCAAGCUUUUUGCCUCGCAUGGAAAGCACGGCACAGUCAACCGCGACACAAUGAAGGCAUUACUGCAGUUUCUUUUGACAAAGCAGGGCAGCCGCAAAGGUCUGGUCCCCGCACAACUGGAUCGCAUAGUAGACACGUUCAUCGAAGAAUCAGAUUCUGGUAGCUGCAUCAAUGCUAACCAGUUUAUACAGUGGGUGUGGAGUACUAUGGCGGCAAAUAUGGGCCUCUGGUUUUCUGCUUGCUGCUUGAGGAGAAUCAUCGUAGGAUAUAAGACUUAUUGGUUUUCGUUUUUUUUUUUUAAACAUCUGCAGCUACAAAUUGCCCGUACUACUGUGGAUGAAAGGGCUUGUGACACUUCGCCCUUAACACACGAAGGCACAUGUUGUCAUCCAACGAUUCCAACGAUCCUCAAAGGAAACCUCGUUGUUGCCAUCUCACUUUCUGCUAUAAUGGCCGUGGCAGUUCCUUUCUUGUGUUGUCAUCGUUCUGUCUGUCACGGUUCCCUAGUGUUCAUGGCGCAGUCAGCAGGGCUGUCUUUCCUGGUGCUGGUGCAAGUGUUACCGCGAUGGUUACCCUCUGGUAAACUAACAUAG